AUGUCAGCUAGAAAUAUUCUUGAUCGUCUUCCACUUGAAGUAAGCGAACACUUAAUUAUCUCAUUGAAUUUCUGCAGAUUAGAUGUAAAAUUUUGGACAAAACGCCACUCCCACUUGUGGCCGAGUUAAUUCGUGAAGAAGUCGAGAUAUUUGAAAAAAGAUUUGAAGAAGGAUGCCGAAACAACUUUCUUCUUCCAAGCGCUAACAUUGGUGAUGGUUGGAAGGACUUAUUCAUGAGGUGA